AUGGGGGUCUUGACGGCAUCCGCGCCCUCCGGCGGCGCGGAAGAACAAACACACCCGGCCCCGGCGGGCCCGGGGGGCGGCCGGGACGACGACGAGCCGCUGCUGCUGCUGGAUGACAUAGAGAUCGAUGAUGACUUCGACCUUUUGGAGGAGUCGCCCGAUGGCGGGAAGACGUUCUACAGCGGGGGGCGGGACGAGACCGGGCAGAGGGAGACAGUGAGGUGGGAGGGGGUGGGGUUGAUCAAGACGCCGCGCGCUAGGCAGCGCGCGGCGCCCUCGAAAGGGGAGUCGAAGGAGCUGAUGAGCCCCAGCCCCGUGGAGAGGCCCGUGCGGAGCGGGGCUGCCACGGAGGCGGGCAGGGCGUCGUGCGCGAGGCCGGCCGGGACGGUCCUGCGGCGGCAGAGGUCGAUGCCGGUGUGCUACAGGGAGCUGAGGGCCAUGAAAGUGAUGAACCAGCCGGCGGCCACGAAGCAGGACUGUCAGAAAUGGCGUUCUGAUUGUGAGAUUGAGUUGGAUCAGCUUCGGAAGCAAUGGGUUGCGUACCAGAGGACGUCCAGGCGAGGGAAGUCGAGGGUGAGGAAGGCUUGGUGCGAAGUGCAGCCUGACCUGGACUCGACCAAGCGCUGCCAAACACAACAAG